AUGAUCCGUCUGCUAAGUUUCUAUAGCCCUGAUGAACGCUCACCUAUUACAAUCACCAGCUUCGGCACAGCUGCACCACCACCCUGCCAACGCCCACCGUACCCUGAAGCAUCCAAGAGCGCAUUCUCAGGCGAAAAUCCCAACGUGGUAGUCUCCACAGUGGCUCCACCCACUCUCACCAACCUCCCGGCCGAGCUCCGCCAGCAGAUUCUCGCCGGCACCAUCAUCAUCAAGAUUAGUGGGCCCCACAAGAUCUUCCUUACAACUCCCGCCGCCAGCGUCUGCAGACUCCUUCACGCAGACCUGGUCGAGAUCAGCCGCAUCUGGAUUCCCCCAUCAUGUACGCCCACGGUGAUCAAAAACCCCACCGGCAUGGACGGCCUCGCAGCUCUCACCCGCUUCUACAAGGAGCACGCGAAAACCACCAAGCGCGAAUGGGCUGGCCUUACCUCGAUCCGCAUCCACGCCUUCAACACCGAGACGACGCGCUUGCCGCCGCGCCCGUCGUACGACAAGAGCGUCCCUAACCCACUCAAGCCCGACGGCCGCCCGUUCAACCUCCAGCACGCGUGGCGGGAGGAUUGGCCCCGCGAGAUCCGCAAGCUGCCAGCCAGCAUCACGCACGUCGUCAUCGACCUGAACGUGCCCACCGCGCAGCUCGCCCUGCUCGAGGCGUGCGGCCCGGGCGACCGCCGCGUGCCGCAGGGCCGCAAGCGCCCCUACACCCGCUUCCAGCGCGAGUACUGA